AUGUCGUUAGGUUUCUCAUUGGUUUUGGUCAUAUACUCAUCGUUUAUAGCGGGCGCCAUGGAAAAGUCUCCACUUGUCGAUAAUCUCACACUUGCAGGAGAAAAUCCAGUGAAGUUUAAUCGCUCGUCAUCCAUACUCGCCAGACCCGGUUCAUUGUCUUCACUUCCUUUUUCAAAACUUUCUAAACCCCCAAUCGAGUUGAAUCUUGAAAAAGUUUCUGAGUUCGAACUCGAACCCACAAACAUACUUCCUGCUCCUUUAAACCUCUUUUCUGGUGGAUCAAUCCUGAGUGACCUCUCAGGUCCAAUCGCUUGCUCUUCAGAAACUUCCCUGAGGUCAGAACCACUUAAGCCUAAAGCUGAAACGCUUCCUUCAUUGCCAGUUUGCAAAGUGUUAGAACUUGCGAAGUUUCCUUUGCCGAAAUUUGGCCUCUUUGACUGCGAAUUUGCAUCUGUUGAUUUUGCAAAUUUAUGUUUCUCGGUUAAAGAAGUUUUGCUUAAAAGCUUAUCGAUCACUUUUGAUAAUUUGGAUCCCAUCGAAUUAUACUUCGACAUCAAGCUCAGCGCACCUUUGGCAGUAUUCACGUCAUCGAUCCAUGAUGCUGAGUGGGAAGAAAAAGGCUCGGAACAGAGACAUGCAAUAGGGAUCAACACAGCCUGGAAUAAGAAGUACGUUGCAUACCAAACAGCUAUAAUUGACAAAUUUGCCUCAUUGUUUUUCACAAAUUUACCAAUUGACUUGAUUGUUUCUGAAGCUGCCUUGAGACAGAUUCUUCUUCCUUCUUUGGCCUCUUCACACUUGCAGAGCUUCAUGACCUCUGGAUCUUGGACUGCAACAAUCCUUUGCCAAAUAAAUGGCCUGAAUAAGAUAAUUUGCAUGUUCUUGUACCUCCAAAUAAGUCUAUUCCUGGAUAAUGAAAACCAUUCGGGGAACCUUGACUCGUCAGCGGUCAAAAGAAGAUCUUUGGGAAUAGAACCAAAAAAUUCCUUUCUUGCUAUAAGAUCAUCUUCGUGGAAAUAUCUUGGUAGCUCAGAAAUGAAACUUUCGAUGUUCAGAUUCAUUUCAAAGCAUUCUUGA